CAGAAGGGAAACUUUCACUUCAAUCAUGCCACCAUAGCACCUUCGUUUCUUAUGUCACAAGUCACGAUUCUUAAACAAGGAACCCUUGAAGAAAUCAGAGUCCUUGAGACUUGUUCUAUGUUCAAAUUUCCAAAACAUCCAUCGUCUAAAAGACCCAUAACCUUCCGUUUCCCAGAUUGGUUGCAUCUUUCCAUUAAUCAUCAAAUGGCUGAUCAUCCUUGCCACACGUGCCAUCAAUCGGUAUCAAGCUCCAAACUGGAUCUACAAACAUCUGACGUGAGGUCUCUUGUGGAUCCUCUCUUCCAAGGCAUGAGCGAAUCGCAAAGGAGAUAUUUCGACUAUUCUGCUGCGUUGUUUCUUGUCAAUGUUGAGCUUUUGGAGUCGGGGAAACGCUCCUGGAAGCCUCACCUCGAGGGCGCUGCUCAGAUCUUAAGCAUGACCCAACCACUCACACUGUUGGAUGAAAGCCUGAAAGAUUACAUCAUGUCAGACUGUAUUGUUUACUCCAUCCUAAGUCUUACUUUCAACCCUUCAGCCCCCAACCUACAAAAUCAUCUCGAAUCGUGUCAGAUUCUGUCUAUUCUGGACAAGACGACGAAUAGUUAUCUAUGCUGUCCGCCCGAACUUCUUAACAUUCUUUUGAUGGCCUCUCAGCUUCUCGACAGUUCAGAGGAUGGUGUCACAGCCUCGUCAUGCGCCGCUUUACUAGAGCAGGCACGCAGUGUGGAUCUGGACUCUUGGGCUUACAAACUCCACGACCAAAAUACUAUCCGAAGUCGGUUCCUGGCGGGAUUAGCACAUCAAAUUGCUGCUUGUCUCUAUGUUUUACAAGUUGUGCCGGCUCUGGACAAUUCCAUGGACCGAGGAACCACCCAUACACUGCUUGAGGGACUGUAUAACACGCUAUCUCAGAUUCCCGAUAACGAUCCAAAUUUUAAAGCCACUGCCUGGCCGAGUUUUGUGCUGGGUGCUACGACAGAAUCACAAGAAACACAGUCCUGGGUGAUAGACAGAUUGAAAAGGAUGGCAGUUGUUUUCCCCUGGGGCUUUAUCUAUUCAGCUGUAGACACAUUGCAGGUCCUUUGGAGAUUGAGUGAGAAGCAGAGGGUGGCUGCAAGCUGGGUUCAAACACUAAGGCAACUCGAUGUCAAUUUUUUGAUCGUGUGA